CACACACACACACGCGUGCACACCCUCUUUCUCCUCCUCCUCUUCUCUGAAGGUGGGUAGCAGGAGCCAUGCAACAUCUGCAGAAUCGGAUGGCAGAAGAGCAGGAGGAAAAAUAAUCCAAGUGGAGUGCUCAGGGGACACUGAGUUCUUUUUUUCUUCUUUUUUUUUUUUUUUCUUUUUCUUCUUCUCCAUCUUCUGCAUACCUGUGAGAUUCAAUCUCACAUUUUGCUGAGCCCAUUUUGGGGCAUUUUAUUUUUCUUUCUCUUGGGAUUUUCUCCAUUGCCAGAGGAUGUCUCUUGUUGAGAGGAUGCUGAAAGGAAGAAGAAACGAAUUCUUUGACUGGCACUGAAGGGGGGGGGAAUAUUUUUCCCCCACAUUUUUUAGGGUUUUGUGUUAUUCUUUUUCUCUAGAAAAUCAUUAACUGGGGGGGUUGGUUUCUUUUUCCCUCCCCCCCUUUUUUUGGAGAGGGAUUUCAGAAGAUCCAUCCUUCUUUCCCCUCCCCUCCAAAGAUUUUUUUUCAUCCUUCGUCUUUGUGGAAAUGUGGACAUUUCAGGCAGACAGAUUGAGUGGAAUUGUCUCUGCUUUAGCAGCUCUUUGUCUCGCCUGCUGUGCGCAAAGCCCAUCCACUGGGAAUAUUUCUGUGGUGAAAGAGAUUGUGGACAAACUGCUGAAGGGCUAUGACGUCCGCCUCAGGCCUGACUUUGGAGGUAACCCUGUCACAGUGGGAAUGAGCAUCCAUAUCUCCAGCAUUGACCAGAUCUCUGAAGUCAACAUG